AUGAUAGGAACUCUUACACCAGAAAUCAUGUCGAAUGGUCGUUUGGAUCCAGCGGAGACAGAACGUUUACUUAGUUUUGGCCCAGAACGCAGAAAGACGCGAAGAGAACUGUGUUUUGUAUGUUUCACCGCGUUGAUAAUUGUAGGCGUAAUAAUAGGAUCAAUUGCAGUAUGGGUAUCACUAUCUUAUGUUGAUUCUGGAAAAAGAAAUGUCAUCCUUAUGAUCUCUGAUGGAUUUGGUCCUGCAUCAGAAACAUUUGCUCGUACUUAUAAACAAUACGUAACUAAAUUAGAAUAUAACUAUGUCACUCCUUUGGAUGAAAUUCUAGUUGGAUCUUCUCGAACUAGAUCAUUUGAUAGUCUUGUCACUGAUUCUGCCGCUGGGGCUACAGCUUUUUCUUGUGGCAUUAAAACCUAUAAUGGCGCUAUAGGCGUUAACCCAAAGAAAGAACCUUGUGGUAACAUAUUAGAAUCAGCAAAGUAUUUGGGCUUGGCAACAGGUUUAGUUGCUACAAGUAGUAUUACUGAUGCUACACCAGCUUCAUUUUCGGCUCAUGUAGUUAAUAGAUUUAUGGAAUCUGAUAUUGCUGUACAACAAAUUGGUGAUAGACCUCUUGGAAGACAAGUUGACUUAAUGAUUGGUGGGGGUCGUUGCUUUUUCUUGCCAAACCAUACAGCAGGAAGCUGUAGAAUUGAUGAACGUGACUUAGUUAUAGAAUCAAAGAAGAGAGGAUUCAAAUUCUUUUCUACGAGAAAAGAGUUUGAUGAUCUUGAACCAGUAGAAAACAAUCUUCCUCUUUUAGGUCUAUUCACACUCGAUAAUAUGUCAUAUGAAAUCGAUCGUGAUCCUACUCAAGAGCCAUCCUUAAAAGAAAUGUCAGAAAAGGCUCUUAAAUUCCUUGAAGCCGCAACUGCUAAUAGCGAUAAAGGCUUUUUCCUCAUGAUUGAAGGCAGCAAUAUUGACAAUGCUGCUCAUGCGAAUGACCCUGCUGCUCAUGCUCAUGAAAUCUUGGCUUAUCAUGACACAAUUUCUCUUGUCAAGAAAUAUGUUGAUGAGCAUCCUGGCACAGUUAUGAUUUCAGUCAGUGACCAUGAGACCGGCGGAUUAUCUCUUGCUCGUCAACUCACUUCCGAUUACCCAGAAUAUUUAUGGUAUCCUGAACCCAUAACACGUGUAAAGAAUUCAUCAUAUGUCCUUUCACAAUUAUUACUUAAUUAUUGGAAUAAAGAUCGUAUUGAAUAUAUUAAAAAUACAAUUCGUAACGGAUUAGGAAUUGAAGAUUUUGAAGAUUAUGCUAUCAAUUGGUUAAAUGAAUCUCAUGCUCAAGUAGAAUACGAAAUGUUUUUGGCUAAUAUGACAAAUUUUAAAGCUCAGCUUGGGUGGGCAACACAUGGACAUUCUUCUAUUGAUGUCAAUCUUUAUGCGUAUGGACAAAAUACUGAAGUUUUACGUGGAAAUCAUGAAAAUACUGAUAUCGGAGAUUUUAUUACCAAAUAUCUUAAUUUGGAUCUUGAUUUCAUUACACAUACAUUCCAUCAGGCUACUGAUUCCACUCAUUUUCACGGUGAUAAAUUUAAUCAUCAUCAUGAAAUUAAGUUUGGUGAUAACCAUAAUUAAAACUAUAUACGUGUUGUGUAUAUAUAUACAUUUUUUGUUUUUUUAUUAUAAUUUGAUUGAAUGUAUUACCAGUUAAAAAAUAGUAUUUUAGUAGUCGAACAACUAAUUUAUGUUUUACAAUUUUUUUUUUUUUUCACCCGAAUUUGUGACUGUGUUAAUUGUGUCCUAAAAAAGUUAGCAUUGCUUACUUUAGUUACUACCGACGAUCUCAUGGCAAAAUAUUUCUUUCAUUAAUCAGGUUAAUCCUUCUUUUCUUCACAGAUGAAUAAUAAAUUUGAAAAUUUAUUUUAGAGCAGCUUAUUAUGAAUUAAAUAUUUGUUCAAUAAUUUAUUAUGUAAAAAAUAACACAUGAAUCCUUCAUUAAAUUUAAUUUAUUCAAAGUGCCAAAAAAAAAAUCAUAUCGAAGACUGUUAG